AUGGAUGAAGCUGAUCCAUCAGCACGCGCUGCCGCUGCCGCUUGCAGCUGUGCCAACAGCAACUGCGCCAGGUGGAAACCCGUCGAAUUACCGUUACUCGUCGCGGCCGUUACCGCAGCAGCGCCAUUCAGAAAACACUUCUGCGCCGCUGCUCCCUCCGGCGUCCAAGCAAUUUGCUUCCUCUGUGCACUGCUCGGCGAGCCAUUACUGCCUGUAGAAGGUGUGAGUUACGUGAAACCUCAACACAGACAUAAAAUCGAGAUCAAACGAUAG